AUGGCCACCACUGAUUCGUUUAAUGACGAUUUUCAAGAGCGCCUCGUCGAGAAGUUGCGGAAGCAAAAAGCCUAUAUAUUCUUGACGAAAGUGAUUCGCGAGGCGGUGAUGCGAAUGCUCGACGUUGGGCGGCCGUAUCCUGUGCUCUCCGAGAAUGAUCUAAUCUCGCGUUCAAUUGUCUAUCACUGGUUGAAAGAUUGUUGUUUGGACGCCACUGCUGAGUUGCUACAAGCUGAAACUUACGAGGUGUUACCUCGAGAAACCUGGGUUCGAGAUCAAGAGGAAGAGAAAUUAUUUGAUAUAAAAGAAGCUCGAGAAAUUCAGCCAAUAUUAUUUGAUGCAAAACUUCCACUAAAUAAAGCAGCGCUUCCGGUUGAGCCAAGAUUGCACACCGAGAAAUCCGUGGACCCAAUCGAUAUCUCGCCAUCAGUGGAACAGCAAUCGGCCCCAAGCUCUCCAAUUCGAGCAGUUGCUGACGGUCGAGCUUCAUCAGCGCAAAGUUCAAUCUCUAUAAAAUCCGCAAAGAAUUCUCUCAACAAUAACCUCCUUCAAUCAAUGUCAAAUCUUCGGAAAUCACUUACAAAAAAUCAGACUUCAGAGAAAUCCAGCAUCGCUCAAUUGGAGGAAGUUCAACAAGCAAAGGAAAUGAAUCCAUCAAGUUCUCCAUCAGCCAGCCAAUCAACCUCUUCAUCUUCAACGGCUUCAAGUCCACAAGAACCAACAGGAAACACUUCUUGGUUCAAUCGAUCCACUCCAAAACCUCCCAUCGAGCCACUCACUGGAAUCUCUAAACCUUUAUUCUCUUCCACCUCAUCACUGCCACCAUUGAAUGCUCCAUCUUUGCCACCAAUAGGCCGAUCGCUUGGACUGCGCUCAAUUGCUGCUCUUGAUUUCAACGAAACCUCACUUUCAGCCUCAAACGAUGAACAAAAAGAGCCAAAUGCCGAGCGAGUUCAAGUCGAAGAAAUUGAAGUAGACGAAGAGUUGGCCGAGUUUGAUGUUGAUGAUCUUCUUCAAUCCGAUGCUGCAUCGAGUAUCUCUUUU